AUUGUCCAAGCAAAUCGGAGCCGAGAAGGCGCAAACAGUAGAGAGCUGAGUGUGGCUAAUGGAGAGUACCUGGAGUUGCUGGACGACAGUCGAAAUUGGCACGAAGUUCGCAACAGCCAAGGCAAAGCUGGGUAUUGUCCCUACACCAUUCUAAACACGGUUGAAGUGGCGCUGAACUCUUCACCAGGGGAUACAAGAAACAUGUCUUACGAGAUGCACGGCAGAGAAAGGGGUUUUUAA